CCAGGGUGCCUGGACCUUUGUCGAACAAAUGGCUUGGGCACGAGUUAUUCUCCUCUUCCUCUUCGGUCAGAUCCACACACAGGUGUUUAAGAUAGAAGUGCUAAUGAACGGAAGAAAACAUUUUGUUGAGAAAAGGUACAGCGAGUUUCAUGCCUUGCACAAAAAGCUUAAGAAAUGUAUAAAAACUCCAGAAAUCCCUUCUAAACAUGUCAGGAACUGGGUGCCGAAAGUAUUGGAACAACGGCGGCAAGGAUUAGAAAUGUAUUUACAGGCUGUCAUUUUAGAAAAUGAAGAACUUCCGAAACUGUUUCUUGAUUUCCUAAAUGUGAGACACUUGCCCUCUCUACCAAAGGCAGAAAGUUGUGGAUCCUUUGAUGAGACAGAGUCUGAGGAAUCAAGCAAACUGUCCCACCAGCCGGUGCUGCUGUUCCUCAGGGACCCAUACGUCUUGCCUGCAGCCAGCGAUUUCCCAAAUGUGGUCAUUGAAGGCGUGCUCCACGGGGUGUUUUACCCUCAUCUGCAGCCCAGGUAGAAGUCCUGCCCUGCUCAGAGAAGCUGAAGCAAGUUUCACAUUCAUCGUCAAGGAAAUCGAUAUCUACCAAAUUAAUCUAAACUCUGUGACACAACAGCUCUCACCAGUGAUCAAAUUCUUGGUCCACCUUAAUUCAGGGCAGGAAUGUUUCUGUUAGAACGGUGCUUUUAAAAGUAGAAACUAAACCAGGGUGGUGACCAUGGUCAGUCCAAGUGUGUGCGCAGAAUGUAGCCAGCAACUAGAAAAUCCAGGAGGAGGCGGCUGUGGGGGAUUCCUGGGGGCACCGAGCGUGACGCCACCAGUCACUUUCUGCUUAGGGCACCAUUUGCUAAUUGAAAGUCGCACCCUGUGUUAUUGUGAAACUCAACUCCUUGGCUGGCUUUUUUGCUCAGAUCACUUACUGUGCCGAUCUUUUCACCAUGAGAUUUUUCUCAGCCAGGGAUGGUACACUGUAAAGUCCUGUCAGCUGGAAGUGCGUCACAGAAACACUGUGUUAAGUGCAAGUAAGGAACCAAACUGGACCUUAAAUUAUGCUGAUGUCAUUACUGCAUUUAGAGACCGUGACGUUUUAACUUACACGUCAGUGGAGUCGCAUCGCACCUCGGGUUAGUGCAGAGAUGAAACCAGGACCAGGAGGACCUGGCCUUCGAAAGGUGUUGCAUGAGGAGCCUGUGCGCCACCAUGUCGAGAUUUUCUGCUGGUGUCAGAAGCCAUGAUGGUUCCUUUGAAGACCGGUGACGCUGCUGGUAGUUUUUAGGGGCCAUUUUGUGUCAAGAGCACCUUCUUUUAAACACUAGACUCACACUUGGUCCUGGGAGAAGCUUGUGUGGUGGAGGAGGCACCAGACAAGGCCUAGGGCCGGCCUCUGGGGCUUCGCUUGGUGCGUGCUGCUGCAGAAUCUGCACUGCUCUGGUGGACUCCUACUCCCGACCUCAGGCUUAAUUUAACGUAAUUUAAAUGUGCACGUGACUCCACUGAACAUUGCACCGUCCUCAGUAUUUUGAGUAGUAAAGGGCAAAAGCAAAUAUCCUACCUAUGUGUAUGUGCUAUGUGUGGGCAUGUCACUGAAUACUAACUAAUAACUAGCCUAUUUAUGAUUAUUAGUUUUAACAAGUUUCUGUGUGGGAAAAAUAUUUAAAAUUGUAACUAAUAACCAAGUCGUUUUCUGAUUAGGAUCUGAAUAUACAGGUUUAAAACCAGCUGCAAACUUCUAAAGAUUAUGUUUUAUGAUAGAUUAUGUUAUUACAUGUUAGAAAUAAGCAAGAACUAAGUACUGAGGGCUUCUCAACCAAAAAUAAUAUUCAAGUAUUACAAAUAUUCAAGUAUUAGAAAUAGUUGUGAAAUAUUUUUAUGUUACUAGCUAUUUUGAGUUAAAUAAAAACAAGCAACAAAAAAUA